UUAGUCCACAGAAAAUGGACGUAUCAAGCGAGCUGUUUUAUACGCCCGUACUGGUAGGUGGCGAGGUUACUUUGAGAGGAUUGCUGGAUUCGGGCUCCAUGUCUUGUACGUUAAGUGAAGAGGCAGAGAGGAAACUUCGAGCUGCUGGAGCCUUACCCAGUGCUCAGUUAAUCCCUGGAAAUGUGGUGCUUGUGGGCUGUGGGGGCAAGACGGCGUAUCCAAAGUGUUUUUACGAUCUUGAAAUUGAAGUGUAUGAGUCAAAGUUUGUUGUGCCUACUCUAGUUGUUCCAGGCCAACGAGAUGACUUCAUAGUCGGCACUAAUGUGAUUAAGUCAGUCCUUCAGAUCAUGAGGAAGAGGAAGGAAUACUGGGAGCUGAUUUCUUCAAAGAGCAGCGAUCCUGAUUGUGAACGCUUUUUGGAACUGUUGAGCUGUGUGUCACGGUGGGAAGCCCCAGGUCAGUGCGACAAGGUUGGCACAGUGAAGCUUGUGCGUAGUGUCACACUCCUACCGCAACGCGAACACCUAGUAUGGGGGAGACUCCCCGGUGAUGUUCCCGUGUCUCCUGGUAGCACAGUCGUAGUUGAGCCCACCUCGGCUCGCUCUACUCCACAGAAUAUUUUGGUGGGGAGGCUAGCCACCGCUAUGUGGGGUGAUCGCUGGGUCCCGAUGAGGAUCCUCAAUCCGACGCUGAAACCCAUUACACUGCGGCGAAAUGCUAAGAUAGCUGAUGUGUUCCCGUGUUUGGCAAUAGAGGAUUUGAACAUCACACAGGGAUCUUGUCGAACCCAAGCUGCUGGGCCCAGCCUAGAGCUAUCCGCCAGCGCGCUCAGUGGGCUUACUAGAGUGAUGAAUGAUGCUGGGUUGAGCGAUAUUGACUUGGACAGUUGUGAGGUUUCCCAGGCUGACAAAGCCAAGCUGGCGAGUCUGCUUUUAGAGUAUAGUGACAUUUUCUCGAAAGACUCCCUUGACUGUGGAGAGGCCAAAGACUUUGUUCACAGGAUUCACCUCACGGAUGACCGUCCUUUCCGGCUCCCCUACCGGCGUAUCCCACCGGCACACUAUCAGAAGCUAAGACAAGUGUUGAAUGAAAUGGAGGAGCGCGAAAUCAUCCGAAAAUCGAUAAUACUGGAGUCUCAGUGGACCAGGAGAAGGUUGAUGUUAUUUCGUCCUUUGAGAAAACUGAUUUGAUGGAGUCGGAUGGCUGCACC